UCCUGCUGCGCGGCUUUCUGGCUCUCUGCUGUCCCCAAAGCUGUUCUGUUUCCAACUCCGAGACCGCCCCUGGUGGGAGGCUCUGUGGCUAGGCAGGUAUCCCAGCCUGGAAAGCCUAGAGCUUGUAAGGCCCAGCUAAUGGUUGCUUUGGUUACGACGAACCUGGCUGCGUCUCGGUGCCGCGCCGCGAGGUUGGAAGACUGGAGGCGGCGUCCCUGUGAGCGACUCAGGCCGCACCCUCUCGGUGCUGGUGGCCUGCAGCGAUGGCUGUCAGCUUCCACACCGCUGCGUGCUGGGAUAUUUUCUAGAGCAUGCAAGGGUGAUGAAGACUGACAGAGUCUGUGACCACAGAGGAUAACAGGCAACUCUCAGAGGAGGAUCAACAUAAAAAGUUGUGAACUCCAUGAUAACAACACCCUGAUUUUCCCUUUCCACCUCAUCAUCUUGGAGAAUCAUUAUCAACCUCCAACUGCCCCAGUAUUUCAGUAGAGCCAAGUCUAGACCUUCCUAAGAAUUUUUCUUCCAAUUCUGUGGAAUGUAACCCAGGGAUUAUUGUCAUUCAAGGACGUGUCCCUGGAGUUCUCCUGGGAAGAGUGGCAGCUACUGGAUUCAGCACAGAGGCACUUGUACAGGGAGGUGACCCUGGAAAACUACAACAAUUUGUUAUCAGUGGGGUAUCAUGGUAAUAAACCUGAUUUAAUCUUCAAGAUGGAGCAAGGAGAAGAGCCAUGGAUAAUAAAUGCCAAAAUGUCCACUCAGAGGUGUGCAGGUUGGGAAGAAUGGUACCAGAAAAAUCAAGAUGAACUUGAAAGUGUUAAGAGAAGCUAUGCAUGCAAUGUGCUUGGAAAACUUCAUCUAAGCAAAACCCCUGUUUCUUCUGGACAGAGGCUCUAUAGGUAUCAUGCACAUGUGAGAAGCUUGAUGAAAAACUCAGGUUUUAGCAGAAGUUAUAUAAGAAAGAAUCCUGAUAAAUUUCAUGGUUAUGAGGAAUCAUAUUUCCUUAAACAUCAAAGAGCUCACCACAUAGAAAAAAACUGUGUGUGUAAUGAAUGUGGGAAAGCUUUUCGUUGUAAGUCACAGCUCAUCGUCCAUCUCCGUAUCCAUACAGGGGAGAGGCCUUACGCAUGUACUAAAUGUGACAGAGCUUUCAGUGCUAAGUCAAACCUUAAUGCCCACCAGAGAGUUCACACAGGGGAGAAGCCCUAUACAUGCAGUGAAUGCGGGAAAGUCUUCUCUUUCAGGUCACAGCUCAUUGUCCACCAGGAAGUCCACAAUGGAGGGAAACCCUACGGAUGCAGUGAGUGCGGCAAGGCCUACAGUUGGAAGUCUCAGCUUGUUUUACACCAGAGAAGUCACACAGGCAUGAAGCCUUAUGAAUGUGGUGAAUGUGGGAAAGCCUUUAGCUUGAAGUCCCCAUUUGUUGUACACCAGAGAACUCACACUGGAGUGAAACCACAUAAGUGCAAUGAGUGUGGGAAGUCCUUUAGAAGCAAGUCCUACCUCCUGGUUCAUGUCCGAAUGCACACAGGAGAGAAGCCCUACCAGUGCGGGGACUGUGGGAAAGCCUUCAACAUGAAGACACAGCUUGUGGUGCAUCAGGGUGUCCAUACGGGAAACAAUCCUUAUCAGUGCAGUGAGUGUGGGAAAGCUUUUGGGAGGAAGGAGCAGCUCUCUGCUCACCUUCGAGCCCAUGCAGGAGAGAAGCCCUAUGGGUGCAGUGAGUGUGGGAAGGCCUUCAGCAGCAAGUCCUACCUCGUUAUUCACAGGCGGACGCACACGGGGGAGAGGCCCUAUGAGUGCAGCUUGUGUGAACGAGCCUUCUGUGGGAAGUCACAGCUGAUCAUCCACCAGAGAACCCACUCAACAGAGAAGCCCUAUGAGUGCAGUGAAUGUGAGAAGGCCUAUCCAAGGAAGGCAUCCCUUCAGAUUCAUCAGAAAACCCAUUCAGGAGAGAAACCUUUCAAGUGCAGUGAGUGUGGGAAAGCUUUUACUCAGAAAUCCUCCCUCAGUGAACACCAGAGAGUGCAUACAGGAGAGAAGCCAUGGAAGUGCUUUGAGUGUGGAAAGUCUUUCUGCUGGAACUCAGGGCUUCGCAUCCACAGAAAAACUCACAAUGGUGAGAUGCGAGUGAUGAAGUGAGCGUUGGAAGCCUUCUCACAGGAGUGGGCAUCCCAGAGGCCUCAGAGGCUGCACAGGCACAGGCAGGAUGUGCUAAAAAUAGACAAAAAACCAAGGGGAGAGAGCAGUCCUUUGGGAUGAGUGUGUGAACAGUGCCAGAGGCCAGGCACGCAAACUUUCGCAGAGAGGAGAAUGACAAAUGAGAAGUGAAUGCACCGAGCGGAGGUGUCCUUGUGAAGACUGGGUGCUCAUGCUGAGGUUUCCCAAAUCCGGAAGCAUUUCCUGUGGAAAGAAUGUUUCGUGGAAAGCCACAUUCCAGAUUUGAAACUUUUUAUUUAUAAAAUGGUGUAAAAAUCUCAGAUAUGAUGAACAAUUGACUUUUCUAUGAUGUAUGAGUUUUUUGUUUAAAUAUGUAAAUAAAACCACAAGGAACUCA